AUGCGGUUCAGCGUUUUUCUUGCUGUGUUGGUGGCCGCCUUCGUCGCGUGCUACUCCAGUCUUGCCAUCGCCGAGAACUCACCCGCCUUUCGCAAUAAGGACAAUCAUAACCGCCGUCUUCACGCUCCAAAAGUUGCGGAAGCGGUAACUCAUGCUAUCUCCGGACAAGCUGAUGACCAAUUGGUGAAGUAUGCCUUGAAGUUGUCCAACGCUGCUAAAGGAGACGAAGUCGCUAUCAAGAAAGCUAAUGAUCUCGCUGGUCUAGCGAAGGCCUUUGCGAGGGCCAGUGAUGAUGAAGUUGCCUGGGCAACCAAAUUUGUAAAGGAGGUCAAGGGAGACGAGGCUAAUACCAUGAGAUAUAUCCUCGGUUUGGCCCAGAAGGAAGGCAAGGUCACCAAAGAAGCUGCAGCCGGAGCGUCCACAAAGAUUGUGGAGACUGUGAAGAAGGACCCAUCAUCUUGGGGUCGCCUUAAAAAAUUUAUCUUGAUUGCCCUAGGUGCUACUGUCGGUGGGUUCGCCAUCUACGGUGCUUACAAGGCAUUGUUUGAUAGAAACUCACAAACCAGUACGGCCACUACGACCACGACUGGUUAG